CCCAUCACUAACUGCGGUGCUCAAAAGAAAACAGUGAAAAAAGUCGAUCUCAAACAAAUCGCGAGAAAUACGGAAAAUAAAGAAAGUUGCGAUAUUCCCAGGACGCGCGAGAUGAAGGAGAACAACAAGAUUCUCCAGCUCAUCUAUGUGGCGUGGCGCGAGCGCUGGUCGGACUCCCAGUGGGGCAUCAACAUUAAAAAGGUGCUGCCAAGGGGAGUCAGUGGAGAUGUAUACAAUCUGGCGGAUUGUCUGAUGCAGCAGGCACUCAUUGGCUCGACAGCAAAUCCGUUGGUUCUUAACUACCUGAAGCACUCGCUGUGCGCACACCUCGUCUCGCAUGCCGCUGUCCUGCGCUGCAUUGCCAAAUAUGACAAAUUGGAGCGGGUCUACUGCAUCACAGCGCUUCUGGAAUUCCUGGCCAGCAUUGUGGAUGGUGUGACCUGCCGCAUCAAAUCCGAGGAGUCUGUGCUGCCCAGCUCCAUGGUCCAACUUGUCUACUGGCUGUUUCAGAUAUUUGCCAGAACCGUGCAGCACUACGAGCUGUACGGGGAGAUAAGCGCAGAGCAAUCAUACAUGCUGGAUCAGACGUGCGUGGUGAUCGAACGCCUCAGCCAGCAGCAGUUUUUGCUCUCCAUGCUGUACGUGGGUUGCCACGAAGAGCUGGAGAUUUGUGGACGGAUUCGGGAUAAGUACGCCAGCAUCAAGGGAUCGCUGACGAACUCCAAUUUCACGCUGAAUGCACCAAACGUGGAGCAGCAAUUGCAGCAGUUGGCCUACAUCGAAGCCAAGCACCUGGAUAUGCAGUCACUGAAUCCGCCACCAACUCUGGAGAAGAUCUCAUGCUGUGUGCAGCCGUUGUUGGCGGUUGAAGUGCUGCUGAAUCCCUGCAAGGACACCAGCUACUACGUGGCUGAGUUGCAGAUGUUGCAGCGUUUGAAAAGGUACUCCAACACACGCCUCUUCUACGAGAUUAUCCGCGCUGGAUUCCUUACGCUGAGCAACGUGGCGGAUACCAGUCCGGAUACAAUGUGGGGUGCUUUUAUGUUCUUCAAGAUGCCGCACAUCAUCAAGCAGUUACAUGCCCUGCAGCGGAUUCCCGGUGAGCAACCACCUCCCGCUGAUUACAUACCCGAGUUGGUUGAGGCCUUGGAGCUGCUUAUCGAGGAUAACCUGUUGCUAGACUUCAUGGACACCAAGUGCUCCUGCAAUAUGAUCGAGUUCCUGCUGAACGACUGGACCAAGCAGCAGUUGGUAAGCGAUGUCCAUGUGAAGAAGUUCGCCAGUCAGAGGGAAGCCGCCUCUCAGCUGCUUAAAAAAUGUGACAACGGCCAGCAGACUCCUUCCAAUAUCAACUUCAUCAAGCGGGCCGAAGUUCCGCUCUCCGGAGUGCUAAAAACGCUGUGCACCAACAAGGUGCAGGACAUGGUGAAUGUACUCUGCCAGGUGCCGGUGGGCAACAGCUUUGAGUUGAUCCUUUCGGUGGCUACUGUCGAAGGACGUCUCAAGACUUUCGUGUCGCGCCUGAUUCAGUGCAAUGAGAACUCCAAGCCAGUUCCAGGCGAGCUGGGCAAGCUGUGCGUCAUCCGAUCCACACUGUUCGAUGUCUCCUUCCUGAUGCUGACCAGCAUUGUGCAGACCUAUGGAUCUGAUGUGGUCUUACCCGAGCGUGGUGACUCCUUCUUCGAGAAAUGGGUGCGGGAGUGCAUGGUGGAGCGAAACAAGCUGAAGAAUCCGCGCCAAAUUCUUGCCCUCUGCGAUGACAGCAUCGUGGAUGAGCUUUUGCUCAGCUUAAGCAAACCUGAGGCAACCCAACUGAAGCCAAGCAACCUUAGUUGGCAGGAGACCUGCCUAAAUCUGCCCGGAGUGCUCCAUCACGUGCUCAUAGCUUGGGAGCAGGAGACCCUCUCUUCGGCGGAUGUAAAAAGUAUUCUGGACAAUAUAAAGCGGCGGCUUUUCAGCUUCUCCGUUUGCGCCACCAGUUUCCUCUGUGCCUACAUGUAUUCGGUAAAGGAAACAGAGCUUCUAAAGCCGCUGAACAUGAUCCAGCAGUUCCUGGCCCCAUUGACCAGCGAGGAAUUGUCCAGCCAGGAAAACGCCAAGGAGCGGCUUGCUCUGUCCUAUCAGAUCAUCAGAAAAAUGCAACACGAUGUGCAUCCCGCUCCCAACACUAAAUCCCGCCUGAUUUCACACUCCCCUCUGGUCGAGCAGUUCCGGGAGGUGUGGCGAACUGUAGUCGACGCUGGCCACCUGCCCGUUCGCGCCGCUCAGACACUGGAGUCGUUGCUGCUGGCCGGCGGAGCAGCGUGGCUGGCCACGCAGCUGGUGGAGCAACUGCUGGCCUGCAAGUACACAAGGGACAUGUCGCGAACAAUGGAUGUGGUGUUUGCCGCAAUGCACCUGGACAUCGAAAAGACCACGGAAGCCUUGCUGAUGUACGUGGUGGCUCCACUAAUGCUCCGAAGACAGGGUGAGGACAUUAAUGAACCGCAAUCCCUGGUUCUAGCACGCCUGUGUGUCUACAGUAUUAUCUCCUGCCUGGAAACCCGCAGCGGGAAUAUCUCCUCCGCUUUGACAGCCAUGAAGAAGCGAUCGCGAUCACACGAUGAGGAGGAAUUGGCGGCCAAUGCAGCCAAAGUGCGCAAGGUGAUUGGCGAUGGCAGCGACAAUUCGAGCGAUUUUACGGAUACCGCAGCCGGAGCUGGGUUGGGAGCUAUACUGGGAUCCACAUCCACCGGCGAGCUGCGAACCACGCCGAUUACAUUAAGAGAACCGCUGCAGAGAAGCGUGCAGCAUAUUUUUGGAGUAUUCUUGCAGUUCGUCAGUGGCGACGAGCUUUCGCCCAAGGCCGUAUUUGUGUAUCAGUUUAUCUCGCUGCUGGUGGAAUGCGGCGGUGAGCGGGUGGCUCCCGUGCUGCGUCUACUGCCCGCCAGCCUGGUGCAGCAGCUGCUCAAGGUCCUGGUCACCGAUGACAUACGAGUGGGCCUGAUCAGCAGACUAUAUGACUUGAGAGUCCAGACGGGAAGGCAGUCGGCGGUGGCCGAUUUGUGUCUGUGGCGGAACAUGCAGUUGGCUAGGCACAGCAUCCACCUGUGAGAGAAUUCAGGAGUGCCUCUUUGGGCUCGAAUAAGAUUAAGAGACGGGCGGGCGAAGUUGCUAAAUGAAUUGUAUUAAAAACUAGAAAUUGGUGA